AGCCAGCUCUGGCUCGAGCCGCGCACGGUGAGCUCUCCGAGAGGCCCCCUUCCCCUGGCAGGCGCGGGGUGCGCGAUGACCACGCGUUACAAGAAGAACCGCCACCUCCGCGGCGCCAUCUCGGCCGGGCGCGGGCGCAUCGGGAAGCACCGCAAGCACCCGGGCGGCUGCGGGAACGCGGGAGGUCAGCACCACCACCGCAUCAACUUCGACAAGUACCACCCGGGCUACUUCGGCAAGGUGGGCAUGCGCAAUUUCCACCUGAUCAAGCACGGCAAGGUGUGCCCCCUGAUCAACGUGGACAAGCUCUGGUCGCUGGUCCCCGAGGGGACGCGGGAGCAGUUCGCGGCGAAAAAGGACAAGGCCCCCGUGAUCGACGUCAUGAAGGCGGGGUACAUGAAGGUGUGCGGCAAGGGCCAGCUGCCAGAGCAGCCCCUGAUCGUGAAGGCGCGCUACUUCACGAAGGAGGCAGAGGUCAAGAUCAAGGAGGCCGGCGGGGUCUGCGUCCUCGUGGCCUGAGGGAGUGCCCGGCCCGCGCCUCCUGCCGGAGCGCGCCGGAGGACGGCGUUGCGAGCGUCGGGCGGGACGAAAGGCCAGGAUCGACGAAUCGACCUCACUCGGGGCUUCUGGAGGGCGUGCAGUCGGAGUGCCUCGCACGACCGCGUGGCAUCAGGAGCGCCGCCGCCGUUCCGCAUCCGGCGCCCUUCUCCGCCGCCCCGCCGAGGGGCGCGGCGCGCCGAUGCGGCGAGGCCCUCUCUUGAGCGCGCCGCGGCGUCUCCCGGCCAUCCGUGGUGGUGGGCCCUCGCCUUGAAGAGACGGCGCCCCGCGCCUCCUUCCUCUCCUCCUCCCCUUCCUCCCU